AUGGGGAAAUGGAAAUCACCAGGCGGUGAUGUAAAAUUAUUUACUAGUUCAAAUGAGGAAUUGGUCUUCAAAUGGCAGGGUUUGAAAAGAAAGAAGAUCGAGAUUCUAAAAGAUCGUGACAAUGAACUUUUAAUUAGCCUGAAGUGCCAUGCUCAUGAUGAAACUAAAGCGACGGACAACAAAAUUCUCGAAGAAACGAUCGACCACAUGUGUGCUGCCAUGUCGUUGCCUCUGCCUUCACCAACGUGUAGUAAGUGCGGUAAGCAUGAAUUUUAUCCCAACGAACUUGAAAUAGAAGCCAAUUUCGAACUG